UAUGCGCGUCAAGCCCCUUAGAACUUACAAUUAGUUCUGGACUUUCCAGAAACGACGCUGCUAAAAACGCAAGCUGCAAGCAUACAGAAAACUUCAAUGGCCACGCCACAAAAGCAAGUGAUGGUGGUCGGCGUCGACGAUAGCGAGCAUAGCUUGUACGCUUUGGGCUGGACGCUCGAUCAUUUUUUCGUUCCCUUUGUUUCUAAUUCUCCUUUCAACCUCGUCGUCGUCCACGCCAAACCUACUGCUUCCUCUGCCGUGGGUCUUGCUGGACCCGGGGCUGCUGAGGUUUUGCCGUAUGUGGAUUCGGAUUUGAAGAGGAUAGCUGCUAGGGUUAUUGAGAAGGCUAAGGAAAUCUGCACCAGUAAAUUGGUGAAUGAUGUGAUAUAUGAAGUGGGGGAGGGUGAUGCCAGGAAUGUUCUCUGUGAGGCUGUAGAGAGACACAAUGCAUCAAUACUGGUUGUGGGUAGCCAUGGUUAUGGGGCUAUUAAAAGGGCGGUUCUCGGUAGUGUGAGUGAUUACUGCUCUCAUCAUGCUCACUGCAGCGUGAUGAUUGUGAAGAGGCCGAAGAUCAAACACUGAGACGAUUUACCUGCUUCUGGAUUUGACACCAAUUGCAAUAAAUAUUUUAAAUGUAAUGAGAACAAUGGUACACCCUGUCAAUGCCAGAUUCAUGUAUUUCUGAAUUGCUUCAAGAGGGUAAGUAUUACCUCCCAUAGUGUAAAAGGGGGGGGGGGGGGGGGGAAUGCGUUGGGGAUUUUUUUUUUUUUUUUACCUAAAAAGAAAGAACAUAAUUAGUCGUGUAAUCAUAUAAAUUUGUUUAUAAUUAUAUUUGUCAUUACAUGAAUUAAACGCAUCAACUGAUUAAA